AUGGAGAACAUUGGCAUGACAAAAUCCUUGCUGAAUGAAACAUUUGGCAUUGAUACCAAGGUUCAAAGUGUUGUCAAUACUAGCAACAUUCCUGUAACACCCUUUUUCAUGAGUUCGUUGACUCCACAGUUUGAUGUUGGAGCUUCAACAUCAACACCACAUAAUGUAGCUCAUCGUCAGUCUUUCACCCAGGUGGAGUUACAAAAAAGUUUGGAGAGAAGGUCGAGUGGGCACACUCGAAAGUUUUUGGGUAGAUCACUGGCAUUUGACAGCGACCGUACAGCACAAUCUAGUAAUAGAUUCCAUGGAAAGAAACAGUUCACAAAGGCAGCACAUGGAAGCCUCAAGCCAGAUAUAUUGAUGGGUGAGAGGAGGAGUAAUAGAGGCCUGUGGAGACCUGAAGAGGAUGUUUUACUAAUUAAAUACAUACAGGCUCAUGGUGAAGGGCACUGGCGGACAUUGCCCCAGAGAGCAGGUCUGCAACGCUGUGGAAAAGGUUGCAGACUGAGGUGGAAGAAUUACCUGCGUCCUAAUGUGAAACGAGGUAACAUUUCCUUAGAAGAAGAAGAGCUCAUUAUCAGAUUGCAUAAGCUCCUUGGCAAUAGAUGGUCUCUGAUAUCGGGAAGAGUGCCCGGUAGAACAGACACUGAAAUCAAGAAUUACUGGAACACUCAUUUGAAAAAGAAACUGAAUUGUAAUAACCACCAUUACAACACUGCUGCUUCUCAGGUGGUUCCCCCGAAGAUCAAUGCACAAUUGGAAUGUGGUAAACCAAUGGCCUCCCUGAUGGGUAAUUCAAACUGCCAGAACUUAUGUAUCUGUGAAGGAGAUCCCUCCAACAGCAAUUUUUUCAAUGGGAAUGUCAGCCAGUGUAACUAUACAGUGGAUAAUAUAGUCCCUCAAUAUGAUCCACAUGAGAUAUAUCUACUAAACAGAACCCAUUUCAAUACUAUGGAUUGUCAAGCUGAUAUUCAAAAUCAUGUAACAUAUGCAUAUGAAACCCAUCCCCAUAAUGUAAUGGAUACAAGUAUGGCAAGCUUUACGCAGUGCCCAUUUGCAGAAUACAAUGAAAACAAUCAUGGGAACCAGUUGGAUGGUGUAAGUCUUGUGUUGGGAGAAGCAGAAACUUCACUGCAACGACAAGAAGGUUUUCUUUGUGGUGAAAAUGGGUUCACAUUCCAUGAAAAGCCAGUUCAACAGUACUCCUCAGGAGAAUAUGUUGAUGGUUACAAGUAUUUGCAAGAGCUUCCGAAGCUCACCUUAAUGUAUGACGACCUGCUGCCUACAUUAGUAGAUGAAUCUACCAAUGAAGUUGGUAAUGGUAUUCAAGUGGGCUGGAAUGAUAAUUAUUGGCCCUUGAAGCAGAAUUGAAAACAGGCAGUGCACAUCUGCAAUUAGUUCUAAGUAGUAAUAAGUUCCAUAUCCUCGGAGAUAUUGAUCCCUCUGCAU